AUGGAGUGGUUAUUUGGAAAGGAGCGAGUGACACCUGAAGAGAUGCUUCGCAAAAACCAGCGAGCAUUAAAUAAAGCCAUAAGAGACUUGGACAGGGAAAGGCAACGCAUGGAACAGCAAGAAAAGAAAAUUAUAGCUGAUAUCAAGAAAAUGGCAAAAGACGGUCAAAUGGAUGCUGUGAAAAUUAUGGCUAGAGAUUUGGUGCGAACAAGACGCUAUGAGAAAAAGUUCAUGAUGAUGAAAGCCAAUAUCCAGGCAGUUUCUCUCAAAAUACAGACUCUACGUUCCCAGAAUGCCAUGGCUCAAGCAAUGAAAGGAGUGACUAAGGCCAUGCAGAACAUGAACAGGCAGUUGAAUCUUCCCCAAAUACAGAGAAUUCUGCAAGAGUUUGAGAAACAAUCAGAAAUCAUGGAUAUGAAAGAGGAAAUUAUGAAUGAUGCCAUCGAUGAUGCAAUGGAAGAUGAGGGCGAUGAAGAAGAAAGUGAUGCAGUUGUGGCACAAGUUCGCGAACUGGGUCUGCAACUCAACGAUCAGCUGUCAAAUCUACCUCAGGCCUCGGCUUCACUCAGUGUAGCAGGUGGCAAGGUACCGGUAGCAGCAGCAGCAGGCGGUGGUGGAGGCUCAGCUCCAGUGUCAGACGCCGACGCAGACCUACAGGCCAGAUUAGACAACUUGCGCAGGGAGUAAUUACAUUUCAUACUCUCUGUAAUGUACAUUUCUGUAACAAAUCUACAUGAAAUAUUGAAAGACGAGCAAAGGUAUGGUAAAGUUCCAUUGUAAAGUUUGCUAAUAUAAGUGCAAAUAUUUUUAUCGCUUCGUCAUGUGAGAUUGUUUUUAUUCUUAGCAAAAAAUUGUAAAAAGUAGAUCGAUUGUAAAUAACUGAUAAAUUUGUAAAAUUUUGAUUGCAUAAAAUGUAUUAAAAAAAAUUGUGUGUAUACAUUUAUUAUGAAUAUAAGCAACAUACAAUUGCAAUGAUUGUAAGUUUUGGAUGUGAAAAUAUAUUAUUAGCAAAAUAAUUGUGAUUAAUGGGUUUUAAAGUAUAAUCUGAUGUCAAAUUUUUGUAUUGAAUAGUCAUUAUUAAAUGGACUUAAAUUCACAAAGCUAGGUGAACAACAAAAAGAUAUGGAGAGCUCCAUAUCAGUGUUUGCUUUACUAUAUUAGAAUGUAUUGUAGUUGAUGAUAGUAGAUAUAUGUUUUGAUAUAAUAAAAUUGUAAUGUUCUUAUUAACUUUUUAUAUUGCUGACAUUUGUGAGAGUAACAUAUAGUAAUGUGUCAUAAAGUUGUUUUACAAUGUUUCUUCUAAGCCCACAAACGGGUCCUAUACAGAAUUGGCUCACUUCUACGCAAUAUCACAACAAAUUAUAUGAUAAUUUAACAUACCUGAACCCGUGCCUUGGCUCUGAAAUUAUAUCAACUGAUAAUUGAACUCAGUGGUGUAUAAACGUAUAAAUUUUUAAAACGAGAGGUAUGCACGUCAUAAAGUCAUGUGAAACUGACAGUUCAGUUUGUAUGAUUGGGGCAGUGCGACCAUUUACUGAGAAUUUCAUUUUUAUAUGGCUCAGAAUUAGUGAAUAAAUUAAUUUUUUUAAGUUAGACAAUAAUGUUGUACAAAUUCUGAUAAAUAUGCACAUAUUGCACUAAUUGCAGUAUGUGACUUUUAUUAUUAGUUUUCAAUCAAUAUCGCUUAUUAUAAGAUAUAGUAAUUUAAACCCUUCUGCUGUAUUUGCUGAAUUUCGAUUCAUUUUCAACGUUUUGCCAAAACUUCCCUCAUUCAGUUAUAUAUCUGUUUCCUUUUAAAGUUAUACAUUAUAAGGUUAAUGUGUUUACUAUACAAAUUAGAAAUUCAGUACAAUUAUUAAGUAUUAGUUGAAGAUUCGGUUUAGUUUUAUUACUAUUCUUUGUUACUUUUCCUCUAGCAGAAUUUUUAUGCAGAGUUUGGUGACAGCUGUCUGUAUAUAUUUUUUUGAUCAUACAUAAAAGCCAGGUGUAAGAACAAUAUUAAACGUUAUCGUACUGUUAUGGAAAAUGGCUCACUUUAAAGAUAUAAUUAAUACACAUCCAAAAACCUUUUAGUUUUUUCAAUAGGUUGUUUGCAAAAAAUCUCAAACUAAAAAAACCACAUCUGGAUGCGUAUUAAUUAUAUCUUGAAAAUGAGAUGCCUUUCAUAAUGCUACAAUGAAAAAUAAAAGUGUAAAAGUGCAUAACAUGUUGUUAUGGGACCACAAUCAAGAUGGCCGCAAGAACAGCUGACACUUGAUAAAAGUUGAGGUUCUUACACGGCAGAAAUUCAAGGUUGUUUCACUACAGUUAGCUCAAGAGUUCACUCCAGUAUAGAAAGUAAUUUAACUUUUGAAUGAGAAAACCAAUAAAUAAAAUUCAUAAAAUAAAAGGCAUGCAGUGAUAUUUUCCAGGGAAUAUUAAUAUAAAUAUAAUCAAUACUAGACUGAACUGGAAGUCCUUAACUCUCUCCUGCUCCUAUUUCUCAGAUUAACUUGUGCCAUGCAGUGUCACUGGAGGUCAAACAACUCAGAUCAAUUUGUUAUAUUUUACUGACUUUAGUGCCGGUCUCUAGUGGUUAUUUACUGAAUUGCAUUAAAUUGUUAGCUAUCAGGAGAAUAUUUUUCUGCUUUAUAUGCCACUUUAAUGGUUAUUUUAAAUUUGUGUAAUAGCAAAUUAAAAACUUGGCCAUAUUAUAAUUGGUGAUAGAGACUUAUGUAUAGCAUUAACAAAUAGGGAUUGCAGCUGAAGGGCCAGGUAGUUUCCUCGCACGCAUGCACUCCCACACUCAAGAGCGCAGGGGGUUGAGGCCAGCCUGCGGCACUUGCUGUUCUCGAUUUCGGGUUAUUCAGUAACGUCUUCGACUCAUGACUGGGCAGUACUCUGUAGCAAUUUCAGUGUAUUAUAUGUUGUUUGGUAUUAUUUACCUCAUUAUGAUGUUAACAAUCUAUGUAUACUAUUCACUUUAAGAUGGAUUUGAUUGGAGAAGUGCACUAGGUGACUAACAAUGUGAAAAUGCACCCAGUCUUAAUCCCGUGCACAUGUGUGUUUGUGUAUGCUUGUGUCUGCGGCCCAGCUGCAGCCCCUGUUUGCUAAUACUAUAGUAAAUUUAAUGAAAUUGCAAGUACUUAUUUUAGUUAUUUAUAGAACAUAGCUCUAAGUGAACCAAGUGGCAGUGAAUCAGACAACUGUGUUUGUGCAACAGACAGGUCUGUGUCUUUGUACAGCUGCUCCUGUGCCCCCAUCCUCUUUGUUUUCAUAAAUAAACACAUGCAGUUAUUUUGUUAUCAAAAGAUGAACUUUCUAACAUGAGUGUGUAUAUAAUAAUGAAGGUUUUGUCUCAGUACAGAAAGUCAAUAUGGUCCAGUAGUACCAUGAGCAUUUAUAAUUAUUGUGACUAAGUGAGGGUUCUAAUUUUUGCUGGUUAUAUAUUAUAACUGCUCAAAUUGUAACAAGAAGUGUUAAAAACAUAUUCUAAUUACUGUCCCAAGGCCUUUUCAAAGAAGGAAGUUUACAAUUUCCUUUCGUGGUCAGAUCAAUGGAAAUUUGUAUUAAAAUUAUGGAAAUUUAAUUUGAAUACUUAUAACACAACAUUAAUCAACUGAAUUGAAAUGAAAUAUUAUCAAUUGAAGUAAUACUUGUAUAUUAUUAAAAGUACAUCCACUAGUUAAAGUGAUAACUAUAACGUCCUAAUACAUAAAUCAUCAUUUGACAUUAGUCAUAAUCCUUUAAAACAUAUUCUAUGCCACAGGCCGUUUAGUAAGAAUUCAAUGAUAAAAAAUUGUAUUAAUUUAAAUUAACCAAUACAAUUUUUAGCUACGUUAAUUAAUGUACAGUUUUAAAUUAUUAUAAAAUACAUUAAUACAACCUUUGUAGGCAAAUAAAAUGUUGAGAGUUCUAAUCAAAGAAGGAGAAAGUUUUUGUUUUGUUUUACAUAAAGUUUUUUAUUCUUCAUGAAACUAAUAUUAUUUUAUCUAUCUUAUUUCCAAUCCUUACAAAAGUAGAGUGAAAAGGUAUCUUACUUCUACAGUCAGUUGUGUCCACAUUACUUGCAGUAUUUUACUAUAUUACCAACAGUAAUUUCGUUAGUCACCUUUAUUCGUACAUAUAAAGGAUUAAACAAAAUAAUUUUUAUUGUUAUGAUUAAUAUUUUUGCUUAGUUGAGUGUUUAAAUUUAUCAACAUGACAUAUGCAAGGAUCAAAUGCAAUAUUUUAGUACACUGUCAUUGACUAAUGAAUACCAACUGAAUUUUAGCUUUGAUAUUUAUGACUCUGACUUCCAAAUAAGGUAUCUAGAAACAAUAAAGGUGGUUAUGGGUUUUAUUUGACUUUUAAAAAAUACUAAACUUCAUAAAUAAAGAAAUUGUGAGCUUAUUCAUGUCAGCUUAUUCAUUAUAUCAAAUAUUACAAAUUUCUUGUACUUAUGAAAUGCAUACAAUGUCACCUGUAAGUUAUGAUUGUAAUUUUUGUUGUAUAAUAUUUAUGGUUUGAUAUGAUGAUGAAUAUCAAAUAUUGAAUUGUAUUAUGCUGAUGCGUUACUAUACAAAUAUUUCUCUAUAUUGAAAAAUACAUGCUAUUUUGUUAA